AUGGAUACGUGGCUCUUAGUUCUAACCUGUGCCACGACAUUUGUAGCUAUAUAUCUUUUGUUCUUCGAUGGCCGAUUGAAAUUUUGUAAGUUUUGACGGCGAUUGUGAAUAUUUGGACGUCCUCUCUCUGUAACUUCCCUUCUUACCAAUUAACAAGAGGUGAUUAAACGCCACGAUGCUGACAUAUUUCGGUCAUGCCCAUUUCACUAUUAUGACACACUGCCGACAUGCUAGCAUCAUGUUGACAUAUCACGCGGACGCUAUGCCGGCAUAUGCCGCAUGUCUUUGCAGUCCCCUCCCCUCCAGCCCACUGUUGCAUGACACGUAGCCUGGCUAUUUCGUAAACAACUCCUACUAUUUUCUCUCACAAUCUCCUUUGUAAGAAUAAUGACUCGUUGAUGAACAUAUUCCCAUACCGAUGAUUUAUUCUGGGAUACGGCCAGCUUUUCCACUUUGAAGGCCGUCCACACUGCCUUAACGUACUGUGAUGUCUUCCAACGUUCCACAUGUAUUCAGCUGUAGCAGAUCAUGUCAUUCAUGAGACGGCUUAACCGACAAGCCUGCCGCCAAUUUAGUAUAUUUAGUGAACUUGAGGGAAUUUGUCCGCAGAAAGGACGCUCGGUCACCGUUUGGUAGAUCUUUGCUUCUUGAGGAAGUGCAUUGAACCUACUACAAUCCGUCAUAGGCUUGAGGGGAUAGGAAAGGGGUUUGCUGGCCUAGAGGUCCUUACCGUCGGCAGGUGCAUUUACUGUCCUCCUUAGGAUUUCACUGAAAUUUUUUUAACGGCGCUCAGCUCGCCGGUCGUGCCUUCCAAAAUAUCUGUUAAAGCUAGGUGUAAUCUGUGAAGCCACCAAACAAUUCUGGAAACUUGCGGCACCCGCAAGUAGUCGAUGUCGGUGGUGUUGCCGCACCUCAACGGUCGUGACAGUGCGAUCAUUACGACACGGUAAGACAUCGGGACUGGCGGUGGUUGCGCUUGCUGAGCUUUCUGACCAGGAUCAAGUUAAACUUGCUUUCACUGCAUUAACAGCGCUCGCCGAGAGGACAACCGUAAGACCGUAUUCCACACACUAAUAUUCCAGUUUUCGUGAAAGCCGACGUAUCAAGUGACCAUUUCAUUUUUUGUGCCAUGGGUAAACUCCUAUCAGACAGGAUUCGGGGUAACGGGUUUUCCAAGUUUAACUACUAAUGCAUUCAUGGAAAGUCAAACGCUAACCUAAAACGCAAACUUCUUGCCUUAGAACUAUCUGAUUGUGACGUCUGCGAGCGAGAUCCACUAGGAUGCCCAGCACAGAGUGCGUAUCCGCAACAGUUAGGGGAUAGCAUCAGGUUGGGGGAUUGCAUGAGCAAAGUACCCUAUCUGUCAAAUUUAUUAAUUUGCUACCACAAACCUUCCUGUGUAUGCGGAAGAGUACGUUUUGAGUAUUGGCACGCUGCAUUUGCUUUGGACAGAUACGCUGUCGUUUAACCUAGCUGGUCAACUGGAAUGUAAUUCCCGCUUUGCAUAAACCCGAUAAACGUCUCCACGUCUAUGAGUGUUCUAAAAAGCAGCGGCACCUAUAGUGUUAAGGCUACCGGUUCCACAGUUUCCGAGCAAUUUUCUUACGGUUUUCAAGCAGACGAUCAAACACAGUAGCCGCUUUCGUUCGCAGGGCAGUUUUCCGGAUAGGAACACGGUAACUGAGUUAUUAGAAUUCAAGAUGGAUAAACUGUUUUUAGGAACAAAUGAGGUCUCAGUCUCCGGUUCCUUUGCACUCAGCCUCCUUGGAACUCCAUGUCCUAGUUUUAGCUGCAACCUUACCCUCUGCAGUUUGUUAAACACCAGGCUUAUAACGGCUAUCACUCCACAUGAUAGUAGGCAAACCGCAGUUGUCCCAUUACCCCAAACACGGUCUUGGUGGCCUGUUCUAAACAACCAGUGUAGUGUGAAAUAUCACGGAGGUCGUUUGUGACUGUCUGUACUACCUGGUUUGACACAGUUAUAGGCUCGGCUGGUAUGACUUCCGUAAAGGCUGAUCAUUCCCCACGAACCUCUUCACAACAGAGAUCCUUUUAGAGGAAUUAGAUAAUAACCAAGAUGUUAAGGCCUCAUUGUGAUAGUCAGCUCGGACCACCACCAAAUACUUGUUGAGGUCCAUUUGUGUAGUCUAGUUAAAGAUGCGAUCCUUCCGCACGCGCAUUCGAAAGUCCUGUUGCCGGUGCGAAGCGAAGUUUCCCAAACGUCCGUCUGCUUUUCUUUGUUUUUUCUACUCUGCCCCCAUAUGCUUUCCAACACCAACCUUAUUGCAUGUCGGACAUGAUAUGCUGUUUCUAUCGAGAAAAACCUUGUUCGAGUUUUUAAGUAGACUAGCCAAUAUAAUCCCUCAGGAGGUGCGCAGAAAUUCCAAUUCUUCGUAAGCAGCCAAAUGCAAGCUUUAGGAAUGCGUCUGCGCCCAUCAUCAGAUGAUACCGUCCAUCGUCAAGCCAAUACUAAUAAAAAAUGCCCUUAAGCUGUUGCUAGAUCUCAAAAAUAUCUUUUCUUUAUUUGCAAACUUUUUCACUAACUUGCUGAGCAUGAACGUCUUCUAUCUGCCAAGUUUAUUAGUUCACACCUGCAGUACUGUUUGCAGGCGUGGUUCCACUACCCCAUGAGUGUGAUGUGGUUAUUGGGUAGCUCCAUUCGUAAUCAAAGCACUGUAAUGAAUGGGCUUAAUUUUCCUAUACUACAAAAGAAACGGCAAUAGGCACAGUUUGCAAAAGCAAAUGCAGACAGGGGAAUAGGCGCCACGAAAAGUGGCUUGAUUUUACGGCGAAAUCGGGCGCUCACAUUUAAAGACAUUCUGGGAAUUUGUCUAAGCUUAAAGUUCGAUAUAUGCAUUUUCUACAACUUUAUAUCAACGGACCGGAACGAGUUACCUGAACAAGGAAUCCUGACUCAUAGGCAGACUUUUUUCUAAGCGUCGUAAUUCCAAAUGAGAGUCGCCACAACCUACUGUUGUGUGGGUUAUCACAACUUUAGGCAAAAACUCAUUCUAUUAGUCUGUAGUCUAAGCGUACCCGCUAGGAAAAAAAGCUGCCGCGGGUGACCUUUCCUCGCUGCGUGCUCGUCUUAGUUUUUCAAUAUUUUAUUUUGUUUCGUUCUAUCCUGUUUUCAUAUUCCUCCUGACUUUGAAGUGCUAGUUUCCCCGUCUCGGUGUUUUUGGCUGCUGCAGUAUGACUGUCUAUUAGCUGACCUGCCCCUGUCCGCCAUUACAGCUUUUUAAUGAGCAAUAUGAUGCUUAAUUUGUGUUUAAAGCCAAGUGGAUGUCCUGGUAAAUUGGCUCCUAUACGGUAAAAAAUGAAACUUUGGCCAAUUAUUAAUUCAUACCGGCCUAGCGUUUCUUUGAUCGUUAGCUUUGGUGGGUUUAAACUUCGAAUAUGCAUAGAAACAUUCCUGUCAUUAUUUGAUAGUGAAUUUCUUCCGCCGUCCAUGCUGCGGGGUAAAGUUUUGUCCCGAGGUUCGCGAUUACAAGUAUUCGUUACCUUUUAGAUAGGUCUUUCUCUUUUAUUUAAUUUCAUCUCGUUAAUCAGAGCGUUGCUUUCGAAAACCUGUUUUUCUAGUUCAUUGACCCAGAUUUUUUCGAUUUUUCAAAUGUUUUGUAGACACCGGCGCACCGUGCUUAUUAUUUUCAACUGCGGUAUUUACGUAUGCUCGUUGUCGAUACUCGGAUAGUUGGAUAUUGCAAGAGGUUACGUAAACAACUAGUGUUCUAGAUCUCUUCUCUUUUUAUAUUACUCCUGUAUAAACGGUUACUACAGCAAAUCUGGCAGGUUUCAUUUUACGUGACGAAGCAAGCACUUAAUGGCUGGGAACCUGUUUCAUUCUGCAUCAUCUGUACCAGACGAAAAGACGCAAUCAUCUUCGUGCUUAAGCUGGAUGACAAACAGCAGGAGUCAUUCAACGAUCUCCCGUGAUUAAAACUAUAGCAAAUCGUUUGAGUGCGUGUAACCAAGGGAUCCGAUACGUACCCGCUGACCUGCCCUUUGGUUUGCUUUGGCAGACGUCAGUUUUUGACGCCGAGAAAGACAUUGACAGUCGUAGGACCACUACACCCGUUGAGUACAUUCUCUUAGCUAAUUCGGAACUAAUGCGGCUUUUGACGGUUGUUUAGCUGAUAUCACCAUGCGACUUGAAUGCACUUUAUCACCUCUGGAGACACCUGCUGCGGAGAGCAGGUCUUGUUUCUGAUUAACGGUCGUCAGCUUGGACAAAUAGAAACCUGAACGUCACGGGGCCACGAUGUUGCUAAUUUGAUAGGGUAGGGAUGGACUUGCGCGCCAACCGAUGCUACUCCUGGGGUUUUUGCCGGCCGUCGAAGUUGUCUGUUGUGCUGUCGCAAUUCCGCGAUUAUCACAAAAAUCCACAUACACGAGGGACACAUCCCACCAAUCUCCCACGAUUGCGGAUGCUGGGCUAUGCCUCUAUAGAUAAAAGAAAAUUCAGAAUUUUUAACCAUCAUUAUUUCAGAAUAAUCGUUCGAGGGAAACAUGCUGACUUUGACUGCAGUGUGACCAUCCCAUUCUAAUCGAUAACAUUGCAAGGACACCUAGGUACAUCCAUUUCCUCUUAAAUGGAGGCAAGUAGAAGGUGGUGAGCCCAAAGCCUGAGUCGGCAGUACCGUCUAAGUAGUGGGGUAAAUCUUGGGCUCUUGAUAUCCACUCUCCUCCGCAGGAGAGGGUGGUCCGGACUCAGUAGAUGCGCUGCCAUACAUACCAUUUCUUGACCGGCCUUAAACGGAACAUGAUUGAGGCUGACUUGGGUACACAUGAUUAAAAUUGUUUCAAGUACAUACAAAUUGUCAGACGUCCAUCGUUAUCAUCUCGCCAUCUGUGACUGCUCCGGUAAGACUGAUGUUAUUAUGCUCUUAUGAGGACUCAUACCCUUUACUUCAUCUAUUCGGGUAAUAAUUUGGUGUCACCAUGCUAAUGCCGAUCGGAACGUCUACUGGGGUUGUUGUGGCCUGCCAAUAUUUCAAUUAGCUUUUCGGUCUGCCUUAUCGGUGCGUGCGUGACUGUGUCCCUGCCUCUAGGUUGACCAAUCUAACAAGAUGAUGGAGUUGUUCAAGUUAAAUCUGCAGAUGAUACCAAGGCGGGCAGUUAUCGACGUUCUCGAACAGAGUUCCAAAGGUGUAUUAACCUACCACUCGGCGUGAGCUACAUUGGUUCGCAAUGCUGUGAAUACUGAAGGCAGCUAAAAUAAUUCGACUUCUAAAUGAAUUAAAUAAAAUUACACGGAUAGAUCAAAGGGCUUUCUACAGUCUACCAAAAUCAAAGCAAAACGUCAAAAAUGUAGAGCAAGUUUUGCACUAUGCGCUUGCCGUCGCAAAUAUUUUCAUCACUAUAUUCGUGGACCCUCUUUGCUUCUUCAGCAAUACCUGGGUAAAGGUCUUCUUGGCUUUUAGGGAAUUUAUGCUACUACCGCUCUUUCCCAGACCACUACUAAUAUUUUUUAAUGUAGGCAUCAGAACUGCUAGUCCACGGCUUCAAUUCAUCACUCGGUGUAUUUGGAGUAAUUGAUAGAAUACCUUGAAAUUGCCCAUUUAGUCGAUAAAAGUCUGCAUGAAAAGCGGUUAAGUUGCAAAUAUUUUACAGGCACUUUUAGUAUACGAAGUGAGUAGGAAAGAUAGAUAGGAGCGUUAAAAGGAUGGAGAAUUUGUGAAAUAACAGGGAAACAACACAUUCACAGCAUUUGCACGCAGUAUGGCCGGAAGUGUCAGUUUGUGUGAACAAAAUUAAUUAUGUAAAUCAGGUAAGCAGCAUGUCAACAGCCAUAUCAGUGUCUAAUUCGAUGGGCUGUUGGUAGUUCUGGCCGACCUUUGAUAUGUGAAUAUCUAAACUCCCCGUAAACAAGCUCGUGGUGGUGGAAUGCACGACAUAUGUCGUUAAAGAAUUUAACCUUGGAAUGGCUGUUCACGAGAAAAGGGAUGAGCGUUGAUUGGUGUGGCGCCGUUCCAUUUUAUCUGACAAUCGCGUCGUCCGGUUUCCUUGGUGCCAUUUCAGAGAUUUUCUCAGUCCACACCAAGAAACUGAAGCAUUACCACAAGAUCGCCUCCGUCUUUUCUGUAGUGGAGGGGGUAGGGGUUUAAGGCGGUCAGGCGCUGCCAGUACGUUAAUUUAUUCAAUUCCAGAACAACUUUUGAGGUAAGUCGUACACCUUCAGGCAUUCGCAUGUCUUUCCGAAGCCGUGGCCCCCAGGUCUUUACCACAUUCUAGGUGCUGACGCACAUUUGCCCCACAUAUAUAUUCCCCAAUGUAUCAGCAUUCAGGUUUACAAACGUUCUGCGCAUCGCAUUUAUGGUUGGCAUCGCCCGCGUUGCCACUCUGGAACACUGUGUUGUUCCCCUUAAGUCACAAACGAAUGUUCCAGGGUCUUUUUCACAUUUAUGGUUUUGAGUAGUUGGUUUUUAAAGAGAUGCUGUCCUGAGGGUGCAUUUCUUCGUCGUCUUGCUGACAUUGUUUGCAUUACCACGCAUUUGUCGACAAUGAAUUUCAUGCACCAGAUCUCGCUUCAUGCAUACAACCUUUUUAUAUCCUUCUGCAAUGUCUGGGGUCUAGUUCAUCUUUUACCAACCGCAACAGCAUAAUUUCAUUUACAAAGAUUUCACACCAUGUACUAGGUCAUUUACAUAGUGAAUAAAAGCGGCCCAAGAACCUCACUUUUGACCGAAGCACAUUCUAAACAGCAACUUUUUGUCUGCGGUCGUUUUGCGAAGUCUUAAAUCCAAUUCGGGUGUUCUCUAAUCCCUAAGUCUGACAUCUUUUCGAUAAGGCGCUUGCAUGGACCGCAAUCAAAGGCCCUACCAAAGUCAUAGUAGAUGACAUCAACUGGAUGUCCUCAUCACUGUCUUUGACCAACGUUUCAGGGAUAUAGGGAGGUUUAUAAGACCAGAUCUCUACGUGGCCUCAGUUUAUAAGAUACAACUGCUUCACAGAUAAGUCUUGCAUACAUUGCGUCGUCGCCCAAAAUCUAGGUUUUUCUAGGUCCUCUGUUUGUAUAGAGAUAUUUCACAACUUGCGCGUUUCCCCAAUCUCUUUCUGUACUGUCUUCAUCAACAACUCCGUUCUGCUUCUGGUGGAAUGUCUCUUGAGGGGACUGCAUCAUUCAAUCAAGUUUUCCACGGUUAGUUGCAAGGUUCCCCAAUGUUCGUUGACAUAUCAUAACACUCCCGUCAACAGUGUGCAUCUAAUCGCCGAUUUAAUUGCCUCAAACUUACCCCGUCAGACAUUUCUCGACUUUGAGCUUCGUUCGGGGAUAACUGCGAGUGUCGAUGGUGGGGCUCGGAGACGCCGUCCUGCUUGGUCAGCGGGCAUAGUACUACUUGCGGAUGCUUUCGGUUUGAGGCGCUUCGCGGACUUCUGCGAUUAUAAUUUACAAUCAGGUUAGGGUUCGGGUUUUGCGGUUAGGAUUUAAGGUUUAGGUCGAGGAUUGUGGUUUAGGAUGUAGUUUUAGUGCCUUGGGUUAGGAAGCCAUCCGACGCCCGCUUCCCAUAACUUCCAUCUGCGGCUUGCGUCUGAUUGGUCACAUCCUUCGGUGGUUAGGUUCCAGUGACCUUGACGGGCUAAUCGCUCUUAUUUUUUAUGGAAUUGGUUUUACCGGUUACCUGCGGUGAAUUUGCGUAUUGUACGGCGCUCGCAGUACCCACUAAAACAAACUAGCAUAUUUACCCAUAGUGCCUGCGUCUUUCUCCUAGUCUUCGCAAAUCAUUCACUGUUUUCCCGCAGCCCCACUCGUAAAGCCCCAUUUACCAGGGGUCCCGUAUUGGGAGCGCCUGGGCCUCUCCAUUUUCCAACAAGACUGCCUUGUCGUGUUCAUUCCCGUAUUAAUGUCAUGGAAUCACAACUAUUUCAACAAUUCUCAUUCUGGGUUAUCUGCUAGAUCAAGGCAACUAGAUCUCUCACUUCCGCUCAUUCGAAAGAGGAAACCAUCGAGUGCCAUUUCCAAUAACCUUUGGUCGAAUUUUUAUUUAUGGCCCUUAACUAUUUUAAGGUCCUAGUUAAUCAGCAGAGCAUCGAGAUCUCGUACACUGUGUUUAUCCUCUGUCCUCGCUGAGUUGACUGACCAACGUUUGAUCUUCGUGUGCAGGUUGGUUUAGAGGCCUACACACAACAUUGACAGUAACAGUUAGACUUAGGAACCAAAAAAGACAUAACAUCACCUCGAGGUCAUUAUUUUUUGUGCAUUUGCCAACGUGGUUACAUUUAAAUGCGCCACUUCCAUACAGAGCUACUCCACCGCCUCAUUUUGGUUCGAUUUCGUCUUAGCACUUGAUAGCCGUCUAUUUUUAUUUUGGGGUCUUGGACAUGUUGACCGAGCCGUGCUCCAGUUGAUGUAAUAACAUCAGUGUACAACUCGGUCAGUCGAGUUUGUUCCGUCAUAAAACUUAAUUUUAUGUAGAUUUUUUUUCGUUUACAUAAUUGCCUGACGGUGCGACUUUCGUCAAUAUGACGAGCGUCCGCCGCAGAACUGGUAGUCGAAUACAGUAUUGCCAACAUCAUUACAGAAUAGUUUCGCUAUGUUUCGGGAGCCCAUUUGUGCCAAAUGGAUUCUUGUUUAAAAACCCGACUUUCGUCAUGCCGUUCUAAUAAUUCCACCGUUAGAAGAUUUCCUCAGCCGAAUACACCCUUUCGGCUGCUAAAGGCACUGCCUAGAUUACGCUAGCGGACGGGAGGUCUAGCUCACUCUUGUGGCUCAAACUAUGUGCUUAUUUUUUACUUCAGAAAAGGCUAUCGCACCAAGUUUUCUCUAGUACGCUUUUCCCAUCUAGGGGGCCGCAAAAAAGAACGCUCCCAAACAGUCUCGGCCAACAGACGGCGCGGGGGCGCAGCUGUACGUCGACAGCUGACUACAACCCAGGUCGCACCCAGCUCUCGAGCAGAAGUCAACGAGUCUGCUGGACGGUCUUCAGAUGAUCCACCCGGCCUCUCGGACGACGACGACGCUAAGGAAGAGUCGGAGUUGCCCAACAGGAAGAAGAAAGUGGGAACGAAAAAGGCACUGAAGUUAGCUGAGAAGGAAAGGAGGAAGGAGGAGCGGGAGGCCGAAGAGAGGUACCGGGAACGACUGCGCCAGGCGGAAGACGAGGAAAUUCGGAAACGGAAGAAAGAAGAGGCUGAGAAAGCAGCUGCCGAAGCGGCUGCGGUAAGUUUAUCUUAUCUUAAACUUAGUAAUGCAUCUUCACCGGUUACUCACAGACCGGCACCACCUUAGAAGGGCAAGAACCCUAUCGCUUUUGAUCAAUUAUCGUUGUAGGAAGCUGAAGCUGAACGACUUCGUCAAGAAGAAGAAGCACGACAGCAAGCCGAGUACGAACUCCUGAAGGCAUCUUUUCAAGUUUUGGACGAAGGAACUUCCGUCAAAUCGGUAGAUGCUGCAGCAGAAGCGGAAUUCGAGCGCGCGUUUGUGGAUGCUAUCAAACAGGCAAAAGUCAUUACGCUCGAGCGUCUAUGUGUCGAGUUCGACCUGAAAACGGAGGUAAUCUUUCCCUCCCGAAUUUUUUAAAAUAACCUUUUUUCUUGUGCGUCUAAGUUGGAUCCAAAGGAUAUUAGGCGUAGGAAAGACUACCGAAAAAGCAAGAUAGAUUGGGGUUAUUAGCUGUCAGCCAGCCACAUUGAACCCCAGGUUUGGAUACCCGAGAAGGAGCAAGAGCAUGUCCUGUAAUCUUGUCGCCGAACUCACUCCCGCCACGUGUUCUAGAUGUACAAUGUUCGAAAGUUGAACAUUUUCAAGGUGCAACUCCGGUCGGUCGUAGAUACUACGGAAAUCGCAGCGUAGUUAUUCACGGACAGAAACUUAAUUCAAUCGGGACAUGUGCUCCUGCGGGAGGGAAAUACAGUGUGCGGAGCCGGAGACUACUGUGUAGCAAAAUGGUAGCCAUUAGACGAUCAGUUUUCCACUGUUGCUGACCAAUUUCAUAUUAACAUUUGCAGGCUUGUGUCGAAAAGAUCAAGAGCUUGUUGGCCCGGAAGCAACUCAGCGGCGUCCUGGAUGACCGAGGGAAGUUCAUUUACAUCGAGGAUUCGGAAUACGAGGCCAUCGCCAAGUUCAUUGAAUUUCGUGGCCGUGUCACAAUGAGCGAACUAGUGGAGCAUGGGAACAACGUGAUCAAAUCACGGAGCUCUGGAAAUUGA